AUGGAUUUUGAGAAAGGGCUUGGUCAGAAGUUUAAGCAACCAUCUGGUUCGGGUAUAGAUUUUUCGGUCUUUGAAGACGCUGAGCUGUUCAAGGCGGCAGACACAGAUAUCUAUCCGCUAGCGGUUAAGGCAGAGGCAGCUCCUUCAGGUGACGAUGAAGAAAAAAGGGUGGGAUCGAAGAAUGCGCAGAUAACUCAAGCCGUUUACGAGAAGGAGAAAGGAGAGAUUAAGAUAAGAGUGGUGAAGCAAAUACUAUGGGUCAAUGAGAUAAGAUACGAGUUGCAGGAGAUUUAUGGGAUUGGGAAUACAGUUGAUGGCGACGACGAUUCAGCUGACGAUGCUAACGAUCCCGGAAAAGAAUGCGUUAUAUGUUUGUCUGAGCCACGAGACACGACUGUUCUUCCAUGUCGACACAUGGUAAGUAAGAUCAUGUUUUUUUUUUCGAAUGCUGAUGGUUUAAAUGCAUUUGUACUGAUGUGGAGAUUGUUUGCUUCUGUGGUUUCAGUGUAUGUGCAGCGGAUGCGCGAAGGUGUUGAGGUUUCAGACAAAUCGAUGUCCGAUUUGCAGGCAACCUGUUGA